GAGGUUAUCUUGACUUGAACCGCUGAUGAACUUGUCGUAUCUUGACCCGGUGAUAAAUUGAGAACGGAAGCAAUCUAAUUAAACGUUUGAUCAUCAUUCAUAAUGUUAAAGACAAAGCUUUAUGUUAAAGUCAGGUUAUAUCGUCAGUGGUGAAUGACUUCCUGGGUUGAUUGAUAGGCCUACUCACACUAAACUUACAAGAAAUAUUUGACAUUGACAGAAGGCCAGACAAUGAUCUCUCAACUAACAUCAGUCGCCACACUAUUAGUUGACAUCACAAUUUUGCUGCUCAAAGUUAUCAUUGGAGUGUUUGAAGCACUCUACCAAACUUUAGUACCGGUUCACGAAAAGUCUGUUGCCAAUGAAACUGUUUUGAUCACUGGAACAGGACAUGGCAUCGGUAGAGAACUCGCCCUGCAGUUUGCUCAACUGGGAGCUAAAAUCGUCUGUGUUGAUAUCAACAAAGAGGGCAACGAGGAGACAGUCAAGGAGCUGAAAGACAGAGGCUUCUCUAAAGUUCACAGAUUUGAAUGUGAUGUCUCGGACAGAGACCAAGUUGUACAGUUGGCCGCCAAGGUACAAAAGGAGGUGGGAGACGUGACUUAUCUAGUCAACAAUGCAGGCAUCAUGCCCUGCCACCCCUUCUCGUCUUCCUCCGCCGACGAGAUCAAGAAGAUCUUCGACAUCAAUGUGUUUGCACAUUUCUGGAUGCUGCAGAUGUUUCUGCCCAGCAUGGUUCGCAACAACCAUGGCCACGUGGUGGGCAUCUCCUCUAUGGCUGGAGUACUGGGUCUGAACAACCUUGUGCCAUAUUGUUCAUCCAAGUUUGCUGUAAGAGGUCUAAUGGAAGCUCUUGCAGAAGAGCUUAGAGAAGACAAGAGACAACUGAACAACAUCAAGUUUACUACUAUCUUCCCAUAUAUCGUCAACACCGGGCUGUGCAAGAAACCUAGGAUUAGGUUCCCAGGCCUUCUUGGCAUUGUUUCGCCCCAAGACGCAGCCAAACACAUCAUCCAGGCAGUGAGGAGGGACUACAGAGAGAUAUCUAUUCCUUCAGGACUGCUGGCAGUCAAUUACAUCUUGAGAAUGUUCCCGGUCAAAGUAACACUGAUGGUGAAGGAUUUUCUUGACAGCGGAUUAGAAUCCCACGACUGAUGCUACCAAGUACCAACGUUAGUUUAGGCUUACUGAAUUGUUAUAUAAGACUUCUUUUGUACAUUGCAAUUUGAUUUCUGAAAUUUAGUUACUGUCCAGUUUCCCCUUAAGUAUUUAAUGGAGAAUUUUAUUCAAUGCAACUUAGUUGCGACAUUGUGUUAACAGUAUGAAGACUUUUAUCCUCAUUUCAUUAAACCUUAAGGGAAACUAGUUUAAAGGUAUACAACUGGAUUGCUCUUUAUUUCAAAUAAAUCUAAAUCUGACAGGGAUAAAACUUGAAUCUAUUACCUUGCAACUGGAUUUUGAAAUCAAAGCUGCAACGUACAUUAGAGACCAGCAUAAUUAUUUUGCAUUUAUUCUGAGUUAGAUUACCUCUCAACAUUUCAUCACACGUGUUCCUAUUUUCAUCACAACAUUUUCAUGACAUUUAAAUGUGUUAAAGACAUUAUAACAAGUAAGACCAUUAAUUUUACUUGUAUAUUUACGUUUACGUGUAAGUAGGUCUAGGAAACAUGAUUCAUGACAUUUCAAUUCUUGCCAUUUCAAAUAAACUGUAUUUACUUUGAAGGA